AUAUUGGAGCGAACUUGACGGAUCCGGUAUUCCGUGGCAAAUAUCGGGAUAAACAAGUACAUGCUGACGACUUUUCGCACAUGUUGACGAGAGCCGGCAACGCAGGGGUUGAAAAAAUUAUUGUUACCAGUGGAUCAGCAAGUGAGAGUAGAGACGCUUUAGAUUUGGUCCAAGGAUUUGAUAAUCUCUUUUCAACCGUUGGCUGUCAUCCAACCAGAUGUCAGGAAUUCGAAGCAGAUAAAGAUGGCCCCGAACACUAUUAUCAGACUUUAUUAGACGUAGCCGCAGACGCCAAGGAAAAGGUGGUGGCCGUUGGUGAAUGUGGACUCGACUAUGAUAGAUUGCACUUUUGCCCAAAGGACAUCCAACUAAGAUAUUUUGAGAAGCAAUUUGAUCUCGCCGAGCAGACUGGUCUUCCAAUGUUUCUUCAUUGCCGUAACACAGCUGUUAUAAUUGCGACUGUUAAAAUCUUUAACGAUAAUAAUACACAUAUGGUGCAAAAAAAUAGGCACAAAUUUACAACAGGGGUUGUGCAUUCUUUCACCGAUGGAUUUGAUGAAAUGGAACGUGCGAUUUCAAUGGGAUUGUAUAUUGGCAUCAAUGGAUGCUCACUCAAGACCCAAGACAAUCUCGAUGUAGCCAAGAGAAUACCCGAAGAUAAAUUGAUGAUAGAGACAGAUGCGCCAUGGUGCGACAUACGCCCAACUCACGCAUCUCAUUCUCAUUUAAAAUCUAUUCCCAAAACUGUACUCGAUGUUUACGCUCCGUCAUCAAGACGAAAAGAGAGAUUCCAAGAGGGAUUAAUGGUAAAAGGACGAAACGAACCUUGCUGUGUUGGUCAAGUACUACACGUGCUUGCAUCAAUCCGCGGAGUAGAUGCCCAACAUCUUGCAGACAGAAUAUAUGAAAAUACCGUGCGCGUAUUCUUUACACGUUGA